GUUCACUAUCGCAUCAUCGCACCAUCGAGGUUUGAGUCGAUAGUGCGAUGACGCGAUAAUGCGAUAACGAUGAAGCGAUGACGAUGAUGCGAUGGCACGACAAUGCGAUGACGAUGAUGCGAUGGUACGAUGAAGCGAUAGCGCGAUGACGCGAUGGCACGAUAGCGAUGAUGCAAUGGUGCGAUAGCGAUGAUGCGAUGGCGCGAUAGUGAUGGCGCGAUGCUAUAUCGUGUCAUCGUUAUUGCUUUAUCGCACUAUCGUCAUCGUGUCAUCGCACCAUCGCUCUAUCGACUAGUACUUUCUAUAACCGGAUAACAUUCCCAGCAGUCAUUGCACAACAUGGCGUUUGUUGACGAAAAGAUUCAAGAAUAUUUCUUUAACGGAUACGAUAAUAAAGAAAUCAUAUUCCUUCUUUGGAGUAAUUAUGGUGUGAAAAUAAGCUGUAGACAUUUGAAAAGGCGCAUGACCAGACUUAAUUUGAGAAGACGGAGACCAUACAAUGUGGAUAUGGCAAUAAGGGCUAUUCAGGAAGAAAUGAUGUUCAGUGGACAGACUCUUGGGUGUCGUUCGAUGAAACGAAGACUUCUUCAGACACAUGGCUUCUUUAUAGGAAGGGAUAACAUGUUGUGUUUAUUGAGAAUAAUCGAUCCUGAUGGAGUUGAUCUAAGAGCAAGUCACUGCUUGACAAGAAGAAUGUAUCUAAACAAUGGACCAAAUUAUCUUGCACAUGUUGAUGGGUACGACAAGUUGAAGCCAUUAGGCUUCGCUAUACAUGGUGCAAUGUGUGGCUACAUAUCAGAAAACAAUAUUAACUAUUAA